AUGAGAAUAUCUCAAGACAAAGAAGUGAGAAAGAUGUUUUCUAGGAAAGGAACUUUUCAUUCAGGAAUUGAUCUCUCAGAAAUGAGAAGGAUUAAACUUAUGCCUUGUGAUCAAGAAUCGUCCUCCUUUUAUAGCUCCGAAGUAGAUCGCAACCUCCUCCGCGUAUCUCGUCCACGUGCAACUACCGAUCCCGCUAUUUCCGGAUCUGAACGAUCAAAGCGAGAUUCUCGUUUGACCCGUUCAAACUCAGCUUGCGGACUUGACUCCGUCGAGCUAGAGCUCGACUUCGUCUUCACAAGUAGCUCGGACAGUAAACAGCUGGAUUUUGGACAAGGAUACUUUGGUGGGCUCGAGGUCAUUUUACUGGGCCUGAGUGGACUUAUCUUGACCUUAGGACUUAGGUGA